ACUGAGGUAUUUCUUCCCCUUGCAGGACUAGCCACAUGCUGUCUCUCUGCCCUGGCCUCUUCCACCCCAUGCCCAGUCAGAGUCCUUUUUUGGGGUAGAGAAGCCAGUCUGCGGCCCACCACAGGAACCACCACCUGGGUCAGACAUGAAGCGCUGGCAGAUUUUUGUCCUGUGGGUCUUUUGGAUGCUCAUUCUCUGGCUGAUGACCCCCUAUCUGGAUCUGACACCUGAAUCAGCACCCCAGGAAAAAUGAAUGUACUUGGUACUACGGCAUUGCAACUGCCCUUGGUUCAGUUCCGGGAAGUAUGGCUGCCCUUCUGAGACCCUGAACUGCUUCUCCUGCGGCCACACAGCCGACAAAUGGAACUGGCUUGAUGCAUGCUCCAGGAAGACCAUGGGGUACCUGUUGAGGACAAGAGAGUCUAUGACCUCUGACACUGUGCUCUGGUGGUUGGGCAUGAACUCAGGGAGCCAGCUUGGGAAAUUGUGGAGGAAGCUGUCUAAAGUGAUUCCCAGGCUCUCGGUGAGCCAUUUUGAUUUCUAUUGUGGGACUUGUGUGCCGUUGGGGUGCCCACAUACCUUGCAGGGCUUCACCCUUGGCAACGACAUCGACCAAUACCCCGUGGUUUUCAGGAAUGCCAGUGACCAGGGCUCCUGGAUGCAGCUGGAAAUGCUACUGCAGAAGCUCUCUGACCUGGUGUGGACUUCAGAUGAUCUAAGUGAUGAGAUUUUGGAAGAUGGUCUGGUUCCCUAGUGGAGUGGAAGAUAGCAAAGACAUGCCUCUUCUCCUUCCCGGUGCCAGGUGUCAGGGCCAAUCUACUGUCUGCCGGGGGCACCAUCGUCAGGGCCAAAGAUCAUGAUUCGAUACAGGAGUUUGGGCCUGGUGGCUGCCUAUGUCCUUUCAUCGUGGCUGAUUGCCUCCUUCCUACACCAACACUCCAGCCAGAACGAUCUCUGUAAUAUGGCCAAAAUACAC